ACAUCUUUGACGACGUCGCCUACACCAGCGAGUUCUGCGAUUUUGGGAGGGACGCCCGCCACUUGUAGUGAAAUGGGCAGACGAGGAUUCGUGCCUCUGCUCUUGGCAGUGGGCUUUGGUGUGGCCAAUGGCGUAGCGACUUUCGGCCCAUCUUUUCAAGAACAGGAGAGGGAGAAGCAGGCUGAAUUCGCGAAGCAGCAUGAUGUGAAAGAGAAUCAGCCAGAAACAACGCCUGAGCCGACGACAGCAACACACAAUCCUUCACCUGUAAUCCGCGAACAGAAGCCAAAGCCAGAGGAAUCAUCUACAAGUCGAUGGUCAAUUAGCUCUUUUUGGAGCGGAAGAAGCGACGAGAAGAAGGAGAACGAUAAUAAGGAUGUGGUGAUUCGGGAAAUUUCGACCUCCGAAGCCGAUUCGGUGAAGAAGAACUAGCCGACAGUGAAUACAAAGGAUCAUGAGGCAUUUUAGAAAUGCGCUGGAAUAUAUAAAAUAAUACUGUACAUAUUACGUUGAAAAGAUACCGCUGAAAGGGUUGGGGACAUUGCUUGGCAUACUUUUGGCGUUUAUUGAUUGGAAAACCGGCCAAGGGAGCUGGCAGGUCAAAAUAUUCCGUUUUGAUGAGAGCGUCGUUCGCGAACGACGGUAUAUUGUUUUCACGUUUAUCAGCUCAUGUUUGACAAGUGUCUCUUCUACCAUAUGGAUAAAGCUAUCAUAAUUUCUAGAAUUUUGACAGCAACAGGACUUCUAUUGUUGGAUUAGCACAAAAGGCUAGCCUCGAAGGCAUUUGAGAGUGUGGACAGCUCAUUGAGGAGAGAAAGUCAUAAGAAGUGGAUUGGAGUCGAUCAAUCCUUUAAUUUUAUUAAUAUUCAAAAAUAUCUUCUUAUGAUGCCAUUGAAGUUAUGGCCGGCAUGCGGAG